AUGAGGGGUUAUGAUGACGAGGGCUCGAGGGAAUGGAGUUGGGGUGAAGAGAAGAGGGAAAGAGAGAAAGAGAAGGAGAAAUAUUCAAAUCCGAAGAGGAGAAUUACAUCAACAGCGAGAAUCACGCGGAAAGGAACUUUUGGUGAGAGAUUUAGAGAGAAAUCGGCAGUUCUUCAAGAUGAGGAGAAGGUUUCUCUAGAGGGUCAAUCAUUCACAUCGCACGAUUUCGAUAGGAGUGGUAGUGAUGGAAGGGGGAGAACGGAGAGAGCUCGAUAUAUUGAUACGGGAACAUCGAUUUGUGAUCGUAUUUCGGGCGAAGAGUAUAGUUCGGAGGAUGGUAUGAGCGUGGGCGAGGAUCUUCCUGCAGUUGUGGGUGCGGGUGUGGUUGCAGCGAGAAAGAGAGGGGGAGUUUGUGAGAUGUUAGAGGCGAAAGGUCGAUGCGACGAUGGUGCGCGGGAAGAGGGUGGGGAUAUAAAAUCUAGGGGCAUGGGUAUGGGAGUACGUGGGAAGAAGUUAAGGAGAGAAGAAAAUGAUUGUGAGUUUGAGAUUUGCAAGGAAAGGGAGAGAGGUGAGGUAUCUUUUGGUUCGCGUGUGUCUUCUUUUGUCGGCGCAGUGGAUGAUAAAGACAUUGAGGAGGAAGGGGAUUUGCAGCAUAAGGAUACAGAUUUCGAUUUCGAAGUCCCUGAGCGAGAAGAACUUACCCAUUCUCAAACUACCAUUAAAACCGCCACAAGCUCCAGGAUCCCAAUAGAGUAUCUGAAAUCUAGAAGAUCGAUCCCCAGAAAGACGGUAUCGAGAGAAAAUAAUAGCGACUAUUUCCAGGAUAUCAAAAGUACAAGAAGAUGGAAAUAG